CCCCUCCUCCCAGCCCCGGGGGCGACUCCGGAGCCUUCUGUCCGCGCCGCUGGGAGCCCGGGAUCCCGAGAUCCUGAGACUCCGAGACUGAAAGACUCUAAGGUAACCCUGAGAGAUCUUGCGACACGUACCCCGAGAGCACACGGACCCUGAGACGCUGAGAGACAACGCAGGCACCCCCAGACAGAGAUACUAAGGGAGACACAAGAGACCCUGAGACACAGGGACCCUGAAGAAAGACUGAGAGACCCCUGAACGGGAAAAGAGCGCAGGCCGAGGCUGUGGACUCCCCGAUGAAUAGGAUGAAGGACUUCAUCAAAUGUCUUGCUGAAAUCCAAACAUAAUAUGGCAUUCUUCUGACCUACCAGCCCAAUAACCCUAUCAAAAAGGUCUGUCUGGCAAAACGUGUCCUGGAUGAAAAUAGCAAAGAGUGGCAGUGGUGCAGCAGGACAAGAUACAGGACGUCUAAGCAAAGAGUGCGGGCGUUGGGGCCCAAAGUGGAAGGAGCACUAGGGACAAAUACAGCCCAUUCAUGCCGACAGCUGAUGAGGCUGGGAAGCAGCAUACAGGGCCUGAGGAGGCAGACAGGCCCCCAUCUAUGUCCCGAAAUGACCCAGCCCCUUUGGCUCCUUCCCGGCCCAAUGCCUGCUGCUUCUGCUGGUGCUGCUGCUGCAGCUGUUCAUGGAAUGAAGAUCGGCAGCGGGCUUGGAAGACCUCUAGAGAGACCAGACUGGAGACCAUUCCCAACUGUGAAACUUGCACCAAGCCUAGCCAAGAGGAGGUCCAGAGCUGGGCAAAGUCUUUUGACAAGUUAAUGAAGAAUCCUGCUGGCCGCAAUGUGUUCCGGGAGUUCCUUCGUACAGAAUACAGUGAGGAGAACAUGCUCUUCUGGCUGGCCUGUGAGGAGCUCAAGGGAGAAGGCAACAAGCAAGCCAUCGAUGAGAAGGCUCGGCUUAUCUACGAGGACUAUAUUUCCAUCCUCUCUCCCAAAGAGGUGAGCCUGGACUCCAGGGUACGAGAGGUCAUCAACAAAAAGAUGCAAGAGCCAUCAUCCCAUACAUUUGAUGAUGCCCAGCUCCAGAUCUACACCCUCAUGCAUAGGGACUCCUACCCUCGCUUCCUGAACUCAGCCUUCUACAAAGCCCUGCUUCUCAGCACCUCGAGAUCCUCCUCUGAGUCUUAGGGCAGCCUUCCCUCCCCAUGGAAGGGAUGAGGGCAGCCUAGACUCUUAGCUCUACAACACCUAGAGGGACGAGAUCUGGCCACUUUGGAAAAUGGGACCAAAGGGGCAGUUAUGCCUGUGCCCCCACUCUUAGAGAAACCUCAAGCUUUUCCACACAGAAUUGUCCUCUGUCCCUUAAGGUUACUGCCCACUACCUGUACUACAGUGUUGGACCAAGUUAUCUUCACAACCUCAGGCCUGACUUCUCGUUAAUAAUAACAGCUCCCAUUUCUAUAGCACUUUAUGGUUUACAAAAGUGCUGUCCUCACAACAACCCUGGGAGGUAGGUAUUGCAAGUAUUUUCCCCACUUUACAAUUCAGGAAACUGAGGCUUUCGAAGAAGUUACAUGACUUGGCCCGGGUUACAUGGUUAAUUAGUGGCAGAGCAGAGACUCGAACUCAGGUCUUCUGACUCCAAGUCCAGUGCUCUUUCCACAACACCACAAUGCCUCUUUUACUACUGAACCCCCUCACAGGGACCCCCAGGGCUCUCAGGGCAGAAUGGGGCAGUGGAGGGUGUUAUAGGGCAGGAGGACAGCCCUAACCAGCAGAAUCUGCUGCUUUUCUUUUUAAAUGGUCACUUUAUGCUCCCUCCUCUAGUCCUGUCUUCUGGCCAACAGCCUCCCCCCAGGAAGGGAAGGUUUAGUAUUAUUUUUUUUAGUCUCUGUAUAAAGAAGUGUCAAGUUUACAUUGCCCUUGCUGAGGCCAGCACCAUGCUGAUAGUGACACUGAACUCGGGGAUGUAGAGGGUUGAAGUCCUAAAGGCCUCCCUCUCUUUAGCCUCCCCCCACCCAUCUCCAUGUUUAAGUGUAGUUUAAAAAAUUAAGACAAGGACCAAGCCCCUAAUACUACCCAACACCCACUUCUGUCCCUAGAGCAGCAGGAUUCUGGUAGGAAGUAGGUAAGACAGACAUGUACUCAAGCUAAGGUUGUGUCUUCCCCCAGAGAAAGGUCCCCAGGACAGUACCCCCACCACACCUCAGUUUCCUAGUGGUAAUUUCUUGUGGCUUUGAGAUCCUGCCAUGCCCAAGUGACAGAAACUAUCUAUCCCCAUUCCCUGCUCCCUCCCAUCUGUCCUCUUUAAAGCCCUGGAUAAAAAAAGGAGAGAGCCCUGGGGAGGCAGAGAAAAAUUGCUAAGGAGAAAGGGGGAGGAGGAAGAAUGAUCCUGUAAUAGAGGCUCUGCCCAAGCCCUGAGCUGAGAAGUCUUUCUUUCUCAUGCUGGUCAGCAGGGACUGGGUAGUUCUAACUAACCAUUUUUGGGUAAAUGCUUUGGCACUCCCUCCCCCACCCCCACAGUAGCCUCCAGUCAGGCUCCCUGUUUUCCCACCCCUACCCCCACCCUCCUCUUCUCUGUGGCCCUGGACUCCCUUCCCCCACUUCUUUACUGCACAUGGGUAGUGUCUCACACCUGGCUUACAAGGGGAGGGCUAGAAGCCAGCCAGGCUCUUGUCCACUUUAUUCCCCCUUCCAAUCCAAGCCAGCCUAGAGUCCUGUGCCAAAUUCUAAGAGGCCAUCAGAAAGAAAUCCAACCCUUGAGCCAGAUGAACCCAGGCCUCUGAAGAUACCUCCCUGGAGCUCUGAGCCUGAUCCUCGUAGACCCUGAUAACUUUGCUUGGGGAAACAACUUGAGCAGACUUUUUAUGGUGGAGGUAGGGUAAGGAAAGAGACCACAGGGCCAUUAAUUUAUAAAUGAAUAUACAGCUCCCUACCCUUCUCAGACUUGCACGGGAAGAAAAAUCUUUAAUGAGGAAUAUAUUCUCUGUAUGGAUAUAUUUUUGUAAGGUAAAAACCAUUUGCUCAAACUCAGGCUGUCUCUAGCAACACUCCCAACUCUCCACCCCUGUGCCAGCCAUUUCAGGAAGAAACCACUGAUCCCCUAAUCGAGCCCUAGAAAAUUAUUGGUCUCUCAAGUAUGUUUUGUAUUUUCAUAUCAUUUCUAAGUCUGCCAGGCUGUGAAAACAAUAGUCUUUCCUGUAUGUUUUAGGGGGGAAACCAUGGUUUUAAUAUUUAUCGCCCCCAAAUCUAGGAUGUUCUUUUUAUUGAAAAUAUUUUUU